AUGGACAGAGAACAAGAAGAUCUACAGUUUUUGGGCUUCUUUGGGAUAUUCAGGGAGUCCUUCAAGAUCAUCUUCUCAUGGAGAAGGAUCUUCAGCCGAAUCACACUCUCCCUCAUACUCCCUCUAUCCAUCAUCUUCCUAGCUCACAUCCAAAUCUCCCACAUCCUUUUCUCCAAAAUCAUGCACAACCAAGAAGCCCGGUACUUCACCCGGAAAGAUAGCCCGAGAUAUGCCCAGCUCUCCGAUAUCAUCUCCUCCGAAUGGGUAGCCUUUUGGCUCUUCAAAGUUCUCUACUUCACCUUCCUGCUCAUCCUCUCCCUGCUCUCCACCGCGGCAGUUGUCUACACAAUCGCCUCCAUAUACACAGCAAAGGAAAUCACCUUUAGAAAGGUCAUGAGCGUUGUCCCAAAGGUCUGGAAGAGACUUAUGGUCACUUUCUUAUGGAGCUUCGCCAUCGUUUUGGUCUACAACAUCGCUUCCGGAGUGCUGUUCUUCAUAUGGGCAAUCAAUUUUGGAUUGUACGGGAUUGGAAUUGCCAUCUUUAUUUUCCUCUGCAUCUUAUACUUGGUGGGUUUCGUGUAUAUAAGCAUCGUUUGGCACUUGGCUAGCGUGGUGUCGGUGUUGGAGGAUUUGUAUGGGAUCAAAGCCAUGAUCAAGAGCAAGAGCUUGAUAAAGGGUAAGAUGGGUGUUGCAGUCGCCGUCUUUUUCAUGCUUGUUGUGCUUUUAAUAGGAGUUGAGCUAUUAUUUGAGAAUUUGGUUGUGCUUAAUUUGGCACGAAACAUUGGAAUUAGAAUCGGAAUCGGGAUUCUGAGUGUCCUGUUGCUAGUCAAGGUGUUUCUCUUUGGUCUUGUCGUCCAAACAGUGAUAUACUUCGUCUGCAAAUCAUAUCACCAUGAGAAUAUAGACAAGUCUUCUCUAGCAGAUCAUCUCGAGGUUUAUCUUGGGGAGUAUGUUCCUCUAACUGCCAAGGAUGUGCAACUUGGUGAAUUCUAA